UAAAGAGUUGGCUGCGCCUGCCCCAACAAAACCAGACCUCUCCUUCCUCUUUCAUGUCCUUCAAAAAAUAACCUUCGGAAAACCCUAGAUUUCUACAUAUCCAGAUACCCCGACCUAUUCUGUUACUUCUUCUUGAUACGAAUUGAGAGGAAUCUGGAAAUUUCCCAAUCUUGCAAUAAACAGGAACCAUCAUUAUUCAACUUAAUCAGUCGUAUGCUACACCUCUUAAUGAUUCUGAUCUUGAUCUUGAAAAAGGUACGGUUUUUGUUCAACCUAAUCUCUACAUUACUGAAUAAAAAUCUGAUCUUUGAAAAUUUCAAUGGAAAUGUCAUAUGGGAAUUAAACACUUUGAUGUAUUUGGGUACUUUGUUAUGGAACUGUCUUCCGUGUUUGAUAAAAUGCCCAACUGAAAAAAGUGCUUUGUUAUUGAACACUGUGAAGUUAAAGAGAAUAUGAAGAAGAAAUCUGAAUGCUGCUUUAUUAGUUGUAACCAUGAAUCUUAUGGUUCUAUUUAGUCGUACAAACAGUAUGGGCAUUUCUCAUUAUCAUCGCUAUGUUUCACGAUUAUUCCUUUGUGAUGCUAGUAGUAGUAGUUUCAGAAACAACAAUAUUGAUGAGAAUGCAUCUGAUAUUACUGCUGACGACUUUAGAAAAAGUGCAAAAACGAGUUUUGGUUUUGAUUCUGAUGGACAAAAUGUUUUCGAGGAGACACUUUUAGGGGUUUCCUCUUAUAAUGAUAGUGAUGAUGAUUCUGAGGAGUGUUUAUGGUCGAGAAGGAGGCCGUUUUCUGAUAUUGUGGUGGAUGUUGAUAGAAUUUUGAGAGUACUUCAACAAGAUAGACCUAGUUUUGAUACUAUAUUAGCACUUGAUAAGUUACGGCUCAAUGUUUGUAGUAAGAUAGUUAGAGAAGUUCUUGUAAAGAUCUCGAAAAGGUUUAGUGCGAGUAAAGUAAGGUGUGCUCGCUUGGUAUAUGAGUUCUUUAUGUGGUCAGCGAGGCAGGAAAGCUACAGACAUACAUCGAAUGAAUAUAACUUAGCGAUUAAGGUAUGUGCUGAGUGUGAGAUGUACUCGACUAUAGAGGAGUUAUUGGAUGAGAUGAUGAAAAGUGGUUGUAGGACUACAGCAAGAACUUUUAAUCUCGUGAUGUAUAAUAGUGGCAACGUGCGUAAUGCGAGGAGAUUACUUUUGCGGUUUUUUAAUUCUAAGACGUUUUAUUGUGGGCCAUUCAGACUUUCAUGUAAUGCCAUUUUACAUUCUCUUCUUGUGAUGAAACAAUACAAAUUGAUAGAGUGGUUUUACAGACGGAUGCGUUUUGAAGGUCAUUCCCCAGAUACUCUGACUUAUAAUAUUAUUUUAUGUACAAAGAUUAGAUUGAAAAAGUGGGGUCAGUUUCAUGACCUGCAUUGUGAGAUGAUUAAGAAUGGGUUUCUUCCAGACCUCCAUACAUAUAAUAUCAUUCUGUAUAUGCAUGGAAAAGCAGAUAACAAACAUUUGGCGAUUGAGGUCUUGAAUUCCAUGAGAGAAGAGGGUUGUGAUCCUAGUGUUCUUCACUUCACCUCAUUAAUAUAUGGCUUGAGUCGGGCUGGAAAUCUGGAAGCAUGCGAGUUUUUUCUCGAUGAGAUGAUAAAGAUAGGUUGCAUGCCUGAUGUAGUUUGCUAUACAGUUCUGGUUACAGGAUAUGUUGUGAAAGGCCAUCUAGAGAAGGCUCAGGAAAUGUUUGAUGAGAUGAUUGUCAAGGGGCAGUUACCCAACGUUUUUACAUACAAUUCUAUAAUCCGUGGGCUUUGCAAUGCAGGGAAGUUUUGUGAGGCACAUUCCAUGCUUGAGAAAAUGGAAUUUAAAGGUUGCAAUCCGAAUUUUGUAGUGUACAGGACUCUGUUGAUUAGUCUGAGAAGUGCUGGAAGAUUUUCCGAAGCUGAUGAAAUACUAGGACUGAUGGUGAAGAAAGGAUUCAAGAGGUAUAAGUUGUAUCAAAGUGACAGAUCACGCAAAAGUUGAAAAUGUUCGUUUCGAUGUGAACUUAUUUGGUAUUGUGUGACCCAACUCUUUUCCAGUUGGACGAAGUUAUUCCAGGGUUGAGCAUCAUGGAUGCAGAAGGAAUUCCUUUUGAUCGUCAUGGAAAAGGAAUUGCUUUUGAUAAUUAAAGUCAAUUUAUUGAAGAAAGGAGGAAAACGAUGUAUUAGGGAGAGAGGAAAAGUAAAGGUACGCAUAGCCACAGCCAUCCUGAUGUUGUACAACAAGAGAAAUAUAAAGCCUUCAAAGGGAUACAAAUAACACAGAGACUGGGCAUUGGACUACUUGAGAAUUAGUGAUGAUCUUGUUGCUGCCCUCAUUGUUUUGACUGAAGCGUCUCUGCCAUUGAAGACGAGAUCACUUUUCCUCUUUUUUUUUCCUCCCAAUUAAUCAGUCAAUAGCCAGACGAUUGUGCUCCACAACAACAUCUCUCUCCAGGGGACUAAGAAGCAAACAUCCCCAAACACUUGCAGUUGACAAAACCAAGUUAAACAUCUGGAAAAAGAUAGACAUGAACUGAGGUUCUUGCUCAAUAGCCGAGCGAAAUCUUUGAGCCCAGCUGAACCGGGAUUAAUGGACACGUUGUUCAGUGCUUUUGAGGUGUUUAUGAGGAUGUAUGCACUGAGAUUUUCUGAAAUAAGUGUGGUCAUCUAUUGCCUCUAUGAGCAUAUUGGAACCUCGCAUCAGCGAUGGGUAUAUCGAAUUUAAGGCUACUGGAGCAGAGUAAGAGUUUAUAGAAACACAGAUGCUGAUUCCGCAGAGCUGGAAGCUUUUGGUAUCUCCAGAGAGUAAGAGUUUGGCUGCUACCAUGUGCUAUUACUGCAGUAAUUUAAGCGUAUCCUUUAAUCUGGUACUCUGUCAAUGUUAUGCUUCAACUUCAUUAACUUGUUUAAAUCUUUGCAAUCCUCUCAAUAGUUGCUUCUAACGUUGUUCUAUUAUCUUUUAUGGUCAUGCUAAUGUAUUUUGAGGUCAUAUCUUCAAAAUCCAUUUGUUUCAGUGCUUUUGUACAAUUAAAGGCUUUUUCUGUCAGUGUACAACAUCUUUUCUCCUUCA